CAGGGAGACAAAGUCCACCAGCUACAUGUUGUUACUUAACCAAGGUGUCCAGUCAUCACGCUACUCCGACUCCAUUUUGGGAAAGAGAGCAGUCGAGAGAUUCUUGUGGGCCGGGGCUGUUCAAUUACAAAUUCUGAUUUUCGAACCAAGAAAUGAGACAGAUUUUCAAACCAAGGAGUGAAGCUGGGCCAUAUAUGUUCAGCUGGUAAGCACAGCUUGUCAUGACGAGAUUUAUCUGGAUGCAAUGAGGAGUGGCUGAAACAUGGAGAAACGAGUCAAGAUACAACAGGAAGCCAGUCUAAAGGGGCAAAGAGAGAGAGCAGACCAGUGAGAGAAACAAGAGGGAAGAACAGGGAGACAAAGUCCACCAGCUACAUGUUGUUACUUAACCAAGGAGUCCAGUCAACACGCUACUCCGACUCCAUUUUGGGAAAGAGAGCAGUCGAGAGAUUCUUGUGGGCCGGGGCUGUUCAAUUACAAAUUCUGAUUUUCGAACCAAGAAAUGAGACAGAUUUUCAAACCAAGGAGUGAAGCUGGGCCAUAUAUGUUCAGCUGGUAAGCACAGCUUGUCAUGACGAGAUUUAUCUGGAUGCAAUGAGGAGUGGCUGAAACAUGGAGAAACGAGUCAAGAUACAACAGGAAGCCAGUCUAAAGGGGCAAAGCUCAUUCCAUCAUGAGAGGCCUCCAUCACCUGUGCCCACUUGUGUGUCCAUGAAGAGUGACUGGUCAGAGGAUCGCAUCAUAUAUUUCAAACAGGAUGAUGGAACAAGCUCAUUCCAUCAUGAGAGGCCUCCAUCACCUGUGCCCACUUGUGUGUCCAUGAAGAGUGACUGGUCAGAGGAUCGCAUGAUAUACUUCAAACAGGAUGAUGUCACAGAUGGAACAAGAGGCCAAAUGGAAGGAUGCAAACCAGCCAGUGACCAGAUUACCCAGGGGGACCUCAAGCACAUAUUCCAGGUGCUCGAGGAGAAGAUCAUCACCUUUGUUAAGAAUGAGCUGAGGAGAUUCAGGAAUAUUGUGAGUCCAGAUUACCAAGAAACAUUUGAGGGUAAACAGUGGGAUGAGAGUGAUGCCAGAGAGGGGACUCUCAAGAUUGCACUGCACUUCCUGAGGAACAUGAAGGAGAAACAUAUUGCUGACAAACUGCAAGAAAAUGAAAAGGAUGUGGUUUGUCAAACAGAGCUGAAGCGAAAUCUCAUGAACAAGUACCAGAGUGUGUUUGAAGGCAUACCCAAGCAAGGGAGCUGUGCUCUGCUGGAAAAGAUCUACACAGAGGUCUACAUCACAGAGGGAGGAAGUGGAAAAGUAAAUGAGGAGCAUGAAGUCAGGCAGAUUGAGUCCAUAUCCAAGAGACCAGCUGGACAGGAGACAUCAAUCAAAUGCAGAGACAUCUUCAAGCCCUUACCUGGCCAAGACAAACCAAUCAGAAGUGUCAUCACAAAGGGAGUAGCUGGCAUUGGCAAAACCGUCUCAGUUCAAAAGUACAUCCUGGAUUGGGCUGAGGGAAAAGAGAACCAGGAUGUCCACUUCAUAUUUCCACUGCCUUUUCGGGAGCUCAACCCCAUGAAAGACAAACCGCUCUCUUUUAUAAAACUUCUCCACCAUUUUUUCUCAGAAAUGAAGCAAUUAACUUUUCCCACCCAGGGGAAGUACAAAGUGUUGUUCAUCUUUGACGGACUUGAUGAGUGUCGACUCCAACUAGACUUCCAGAAAAAUUCAGUCUUGACUGAAGUGACAGAGGUCACUUCAUUGGAUAUUCUGCUGACAAAUCUCAUCAAGGGUAAUCUGCUUCCCUCUGCUCUGCUUUGGAUCACUUCUCGACCCGCAGCAGCCAAUCAAAUUCCACCUCAGAACGUCGACCGGGUCACAGAAGUACAAGGAUUCAGCAACCCUCAAAAGGAGGAGUACUUCAGGAGGAGAAUCUGUGAUCAGACUCUUGCCAGCAAAGUCUUCGCUCACAUCAGAUCAUCAAAAAGCCUCCACAUUAUGUGCCACAUACCAGUGUUUUGCUGGAUUGCUGCUACUGUGCUUGAAUUUCUUCUCAAGACUGAAGGACAUAAGAAAGUUCCAAAGACUUUGACAGAAAUGUACACGUAUUUCCUUGUUUUUCAAACCAAGCAGAGGAGUCUGAAGCUUGAAGGAAGUUAUGACACAGAUCCACAGUGGAACCGGGCUAGUCUCCUUGCUCUUGGAAAGUUGGCCUAUGACCAGCUGCAGAGGGGUAACCUGAUCUUUUAUGAAAACGACCUGAAAGAGAGUGGAAUUGAUGUCAAAGAGGCAGCAGUACACAGUGGCAUUUGCACCCAAAUCUUUCGAGAAGAGUCAGGCCUUCAUCAGGAAAAGUUGUACUGCUUUGUUCAUCUGAGCAUCCAGGAGUAUCUUGCCGCUUUGUAUGUAAUGCUGAUGUUUAUAACUGAAAGGAUGGAUCUCAUGACCCAAAAGCAAGCCACCAGAACGAUCAUAAGCAGACCAGCACACAAAUCCAUGGCCACCUUACAGAAAAGUGCUGUGGACAAAGCCUUGGAACAUGAAGAUGGGCGCUUUGAUCUUUUCCUCCGUUUCCUGCUUGGCCUCUCUCUGGAAUCCAACCAGAGACUCCUACAUGGACUACUGCAAAAAGUACAGGAUGAAAGCAGACAGGAAAUACCCAGUUACAUCAAGACAAAAAUCAGAGAGAUUCCAUCAUCAGAAAGAGUUAUCAACCUCUUCCACUGUCUGAAUGAAAUCAAUGAUCACUCUUUAGUGGAGGAGGUCCAGAGCUUCCUGAGUGCAGGGACACUUUCUGCAGCCAAACUGUCAUCCACACAGUGGUCAGCUCUCGUGUUUGUACUUCUGACAUCAGAAGAAAAGCUGGAUGUGUUUGACUUGAAGAAGUACAUCAGGUCUGAUGAAUGUCUCCUAAGGCUGCUGCCAGUAGUGGAGGAAUCCCAAAAGGCUCUGCUUAACAGCUGUAGGCUCACUGAGAGGAGCUGUGCAGGUCUGGCAUCUGUCCUCAACAAAGCAUCUUCAAAGCUGAAACAUCUGGACCUCAGUGACAACAGUAUUGGAGAUACUGGGGUCCAACACUUGUGUAGUGGAUGGGGUGACCCAAGCUGUGCACUGGAGAAACUUGGGCUCUCUGACUGCAGUAUCACAGAGAAGGGCUAUGCUAGUCUGGCUUCAGCCCUGAGGUUAAAUCCCAAAUACCUCAGAGAGCUUGACCUCAGAGGAAAUGAUCCAGGGAAAUCUGGAGUCAAACUGCUUUUAGACCUAAAGGACGACCCACAGUGUACACUGACAAAUGUCCAGUUCCUGAAAAGUAGUGCUGCUGAGGAAGCCUGUGCUGCUGUGGCUUCAGCUGUGGGUUCAAACCCCUUACUCAUGACUGAGCUGGAUCUGAGUGGGCGCAUACCAGGAGCCUUGGGAGUGACUCAGCUGUGUGCUUUACUGCAGGAUCCCCACUGCACACUGCACACAUUACGGCUCUCUGACUGCAGUAUCACAGAGAAGGGCUAUGCUAGUCUGGCUUCAGCCCUGAGGUUAAAUCCCAAAUACCUCAGAGAGCUUGACCUCAGAGGAAAUGAUCCAGGGAAAUCUGGAGUCAAACUGCUUUUAGACCUAAAGGACGACCCACAGUGUACACUGACAAAUGUCCAGUUCCUGAAAAGUAGUGCUGCUGAGGAAGCCUGUGCUGCUGUGGCUUCAGCUGUGGGUUCAAACCCCUUACUCAUGACUAAGCUGGAUCUGAGUGGGCGCAUACCAGGAGCCUUGGGAGUGACUCAGCUGUGUGCUUUACUGCAGGAUCCCCACUGCACACUGCACACAUUACGCCUGCAGAACUGCAGCAUUGGAGAGGAAGGCUUCAGAGCUCUUGCAUCAGCACUGAGAUCAAACCCCUCACACAUGAGAUUGCUGUGGCUGGGUGAGAAUAAUGCAGGAGACUCAGGAGUGAAGCAUCUUUCUUCUCUUCUGGAGGAUCCCAACUGUAAACUGGAGGAACUAGGCCUGCAGAACUGCAGCAUUGGAGAGGAAGGCUUCAGAGCUCUUGCAUCAGCACUGAAAUCAAACCCCUCACACAUGAGAGAGCUGUGGCUGAGUGGGAAUAAAGCAGGAGACUCAGUAGUGAAGCAUCUUUCUUCUGUUCUGGAGGAUCCCAACUGUAAACUGGAGAAACUACGCCUGCAGAACUGCAGUAUUGGAGAGGAAGGCUUCAGAACUCUUACAUCAGCACUGAGAUCAAACCCCUCACACAUGAGAGGGCUGUGGCUGAGUGGGAAUAAAGCAGGAGACUCAGGAGUGAAGUAUCUUUCUUCUCUUCUGGAGGAUCCCAACUGUAAACUGGAUACACUAGAACUGCAGAGCUGCAGUAUAACAGAUGAAGGUUUCAGAGCUUUAGCAUCAGCACUGAGAUCAAACCCAUCAGCCCCCAGAGAGCUCCAUCUGGAGGGGAAUCAGCCUGGACCCUCAGCACAGCAGCUGUUCUCUGAACUACAGAAACAUCCAAACUGUAAACAUUUAAAAAUAUAUGGGCCCUAAAUGAAUCCAUCCCAUUUAUAAUCCACAAUAAAUAUUAUUUACACUGUUCACAAUAAGUGUCACGUUGGCACUAUAUGAAGUUGAAAAUGUUCACUCUGAAGGCUGUAUUGUGCUGUAUCUGAGUCCAUCACUCAUGUAUACUCAUUGUUUUUGGGUUGCUUUCCUUCUCACGUACAGUCUGUUCAUACACACACACACACACACACACACACACACACACACACACACACACGAAACAAGUGCCGAUGAGAACUCUUUGCUAUAAAAGAUCCCUUUACAAAUGUAUUGCUUCGUUUAAUUUGUGAUCCCUGAAUGUACAAUACAUGACUGUUCUCUUCAUCAGAUGUUCUCCAUUUUGAUACUCUUAAAUGUCAAGUAUUGUGAUUUUGAUACAUGCAUAUACUGACCAUAUACUGAUCCGAUCAUUCUGAUAUACUGUAUAUACUGGGUGAUUCUUGUAAUAAACUUUGAGGCUUUUGAGAACAUA